CCCAAUUCAUUCCUCUCACUCUCUCGGCCGCACCACCUCUUCCUCAAAUCGAUUUUUUUUGUUGUUUUAUUUUUAUUUCACUGCUUUCUUUGCUUCACAUUCCCGUCUACACUUCCAUCAUCGCAGGGUGUGAAUGUAGCGAAUGGUGUAUCCAAUUUCGGAAUCCACACCGAGGAAGCGCACUAGAGAAGAAAAAUCAGUCUUACAGGAUAAGAUUUUUACCCGCAAAUUUGUGAUCGAGCGUGGAGUAGAACAAAAGGAUAUUCGAGUGGAACCAUUUCGAUUCAUUCAUGACAUAUUCCAGGCAAAUCAAUGGACCUCAUUGUUUGUUCCUGUGAAUGCCUACACUCGGUUAGUUCGGGAAUUCUAUUACAACAUCGACGAGAUUGACUUGGUUGGUCCCCCGUCAUUCACGACCAAGGUCUUCGAAAAAACGCUCAAUAUCACUACUGAGCUAAUCAGUGAAGUUAUUGGGAUUCCAUUGACUAAUGAGAAGCCGCUACCAUUUCUAGAAGAAGAUCCACAACCAACAAAAGCUGAAAUCAUGGCGGUUCUUAAUCCAAGUCAGCAGCUUGUAUGGGAUGAAGACCUGAACAAAAUUCCAAUUGGCUAUGUAAGGGCUCCAGAGAGGUUGUUAACUCGGAUUUUGCUGCAGAAUAUUUGGCCAAUGUCUCGACAUAGUCAUGUGACUAUCGAACGAGCAAUUAUGAUUUAUGGCAUCAUUAACCGCGUUGAGUUUUGUUUAUGCACUCAUCUAGUAUUGACAAUGAUCGAGCUCCAUGAAGAUCACUCUAUUGCAUUACCUUAUGAUGGUCUCAUUACGAAGAUUUUGCAUGCCAUUUUGCCCAAAAUUGCUGCAAAUGAACGUAUGGAAGCUCCUGAAGGUUACUUUGGCAAAGCAACUGUGAUGAAGUCAAAUGCCCAACUUCGGCUUCACGCUCCAGCUGUGCAGGCGCCUCCACUCGCUCAAGAUUCUCCAGCUGCGUCCUCCUCGGGAUCAUCAGAUAUUUCAAGUCAAUUAACUAAAAUAAUUGACUUACUUCAAACUCAAGGCCAAAGCAUUGAAGCCAUCAACACUCGCCUAACGAAUUUGGAGAAAGAUGUGAAGUCCAUCAAGGAAAGCUUUUGGCAAGAAUAAUUUUUCCCUCCUGUUUUGGUUUGUUUCUGGCAAGAAUAAUUUUUGUUGUUGUUUGGUUAUACUUAAGAAUUCAUUGGUUGUUGGUAACUCUAGUUUUUUUUUUGCUUCCUUUGUCCUUCCGAGACAAAAAGGGGGAGUUAUUUUGAUGUGUCAUUUUCAUGUAUUACAAUUAUUUUUGUUCCCGAAUGGCCAAAGGGGGGGUUUGUUAGUUUAUGUUUUGGCUCAUUCGGUUUGCGUGUAACGUUGGUGAAAAUGAAGCAUUUUAUCAUGUCCAGAAAACACAAGCUAAAAGGCAGGUCUGGACCCCUAGAAGUCAGGGCCGGGCCCAGUUUCCAGAGAAUACUUGUUGAAGGGCAUGUCCGGACCACUAGAAGCAAGGUCCGGACACAAAAACCAGCAAGCCAGUUUUGAAGAGGAGGUCUGGACCGCCAGAAGCUGGGUCCGGACCCCGUUUCCAACAACAGCAAUUUGAAGGAGAGGUCCGGACCGCCAGAAGCUGGGUUCGGACCCCAUUUCCAAAAAGCCCAUUUUAUGAGGCCUGUCCGGACACACGGCUUGGAUGUCCGGACAUCACUAGGUUACGAUUUUGUGAACCUAGCCAUGUCCGGACCCCAGAUUAGCCCUGUCCGGACAUAGCUGCUGAUGGAUUAAUUUUUUCUAUUUAAACACUUUAUUUUGCUUUACAAAGGUACGUAUUUUUGGAGAGCAAAAUCAGAGAGCUUAGAGAAAGAUAUUGCUCUAGCUUAUUUGAGAAAGGAUUAAAUACGUGAAGCCAAUCGGAGUUCCGGUGAAAGGAAAUCUUAUAGAAGAAUUGUGCCAGAUGUUCUGGAAAGGGCUACUGCGGUAGAAGUCAAGUGGGUCACUUGUCGUGUACAAGGAAGAGUAAAUUGCAAAGGUUUUGUAAUUCUUCUUGUAUUCCUUAUUCUUCUUAUAGUGGAUUGAUUUCCUGGGUUUGGCUGCCCCGGAGAGGUUUUACAUUUAGAGAGUUCUCUAAAUGGUUUCCUCUUCGUAACCAAAUAUCUGUGUUCUUAUUUUUCAUUA